CAGCGCGUUAUGUUUGGAACCGGCCCCGCGCCUCCUGUUGCCAUGGAAACAAAACAGGGGCGGUGGCGGCGGCCGGAGCGAGGCCGGGCUGGGCCUGAGUGGGGGAAGGGGAGGUGGGGCUCGCGGGCUGUUGCCUUGGUAACGGGAACAGAGGCGCCCCUCUGCUUCAUCCGGGUCACGGCCUGUCCGCCGGUACCCCCAGUGUUCCCAGUCUGGCCCCCGGCCCCUGGCCUGUCCUUUGGUCUACUCCUGUCCUUGGUGUCCCUUUCCUCUUUCCUGAUUUCUUCAACCUCACUGACCACUGUUUUAGACUCUCCCUCCAGUUCCCAGCGGACGCUUCCAGACUCGGAAGUUUUCCUAGGAAUGAGGGAAAAACGGAGGCGCAAGCACAAGUCAUGCCCCCCCUCCCCCAAUAAAGAGCACUUGCUCUAUCCGAGCAGCAAACUUCAUGCCAUGCGGCCAUCCCCUGGGCACUACAGCGAGCUAGUUUCGGCCACUCCCUUGGAAUUCUCUCAUGCCAGCUGUGGAAUAAUGCCCACUGUCUGGCACUGCCCCGCCAAGGGUUCCUGCCUUCCCCAACUGUGGCUUCCAGAAAACAGUAGCAUUCGGUAGCAGCCCCCAACAGCGAGAUGCCGGGAGAGAGGGAGGCACCUGGGGGAGAGCACCAUUAGGAAAAGGCAGGAGGCAAGGAGGCCUCCAGGACUCUUCCCCAGUGCCCCUGGUUCCCGGAGCUGGGUAUGCCUCCAGGGUGAUUGGCAGCUCUUUGUUUCAGCCCCCCCCCCUCACCGCCUGCCGGCCCCCCCUUCAACUCCCCCUUCCAGUCCCUCCGCCCCCCCGCUCCUGCUCUCCGCCUAGCCUUUUCCCCUCCCAGCCGCCUGCCUGCCAGGGGUAGUGAGCCGGCUGAGCGGCAUGGAGACGCAGGAACUUCGGGGGGCCCUGGCUCUUCUCCUCCUUUGCACUUUCACAUCUGCCAGUCAGGACCUGCAGGGUGCUACUCCUGCCUGGGAUCAGCACAGUGACUCCUUUGCGCCACCUGGUGGGAGCAUCUCAAGUUUGCGGGGUGCUGUUUCUGUAUUUCCAAGUGAGCCUCAGGCCUGCUGGUUCCCAGAGUGGCAGUAAGGAAGGCACAAUGCCUUGUCCUCUGAUGGCGACAAGGGCUGAAUUUCCAGGAGGUGACUAACACUGUCGGGUGGUGAUGAAGGAUGCCCCACCCCCGAAGGCUCAGAGGAGAGAGCAGGCCUUAGCAUUUGACAGGGGUCUGACCUUGAUCAUCCCUGCGUGACCAGUGAUUGACCUGCUGACUGUGGGCGAGUCCCGGCAGAUGGUAGCUGUGGUGGAGAAGAUACGGACAGCCCUGCUCACUGCUGGGGACAUCUAUCUCUUGUCCACCUUCCGCCUGCCCCCCAAGCAGGGUGGUGUCCUCUUCGGCCUCUACUCUCGCCAAGACAACACACGAUGGCUGGAGGCCUCUGUUGUGGGCAAGAUCAACAAAGUGCUGGUGCGGUACCAGCGGGAAGAUGGCAAAGUCCAUGCAGUGAACCUACAGCAAGCAGGCCUGGCUGACGGGCGCACACACACGGCUCUCCUGCGACUCCGAGGUCCGUCCAGACCCAGCCCUGCCCUGCAUCUCUAUGUGGACUGCAAACUGGGUGACCAGCAUGCUGGCCUUCCGGCCCUGGCCCCCAUUCCUCCAGCGGAAGUCAGUGGGCUGGAGAUUAGGACGGGACAGAAGGCUUAUUUGAGGAUGCAGGGCUUCGUGGAAUCUAUGAAAAUGAUUCUGGGCGGGUCCAUGGCCCGGGUCGGAGCCCUGAGUGAGUGUCCGUUCCAGGGGGAUGAGUCUAUCCACAGUGCAGUGGCCAACGCACUGCACUCCAUCCUAGGGGAGCAGACCAAGGCGCUGGUCACCCAACUCACCCUCUUCAACCAGAUCCUGGUAGAGCUGCGGGAUGACAUCCGAGACCAGGUGAAAGAAAUGUCCCUGAUCCGAAACACCAUCAUGGAGUGUCAGGUGUGCGGCUUCCAUGAACAGCGUUCCCACUGCAGCCCCAACCCCUGCUUCCGAGGCGUGGACUGCAUGGAAGUGUAUGAGUACCCCGGCUACCGCUGUGGGCCCUGCCCCCCUGGCCUACAGGGCAACGGCACCCACUGCACAGACAUCAAUGAGUGUGCUCACGCGGACCCUUGUUUCCCGGGCUCCAGCUGCGUCAACACCAUGCCUGGCUUCCACUGUGAAGCCUGUCCCCGAGGCUACAAAGGCACACGGGUGUCUGGUGUGGGCAUCGACUACGCCCGGGCUAGCAAACAGGUCUGCAACGAUAUUGAUGAAUGCAAUGAUGGUAACAAUGGUGGCUGCGACCCAAACUCCAUCUGCACCAAUACUGUGGGUUCUUUCAAGUGUGGUCCCUGUCGCUUGGGCUUCUUGGGCAACCAGAGCCAGGGCUGCUUCCCAGCCCGGACCUGCCACAGCCCGACCCACAGCCCCUGCCAUGUCCACGCGCACUGUCUCUUUGAACGCAAUGGUGCAGUGUCCUGCUCGUGUAACGUGGGCUGGGCUGGGAACGGGAAUGUGUGUGGACCCGACACAGACAUUGAUGGCUACCCGGACCAGGCGCUGCCCUGCAUGGACAACAACAAACACUGCAAGCAGGACAACUGCCUUCUGACACCCAACUCUGGGCAGGAGGAUGCUGAUAACGACGGUGUGGGGGACCAGUGUGAUGAUGAUGCUGACGGGGACGGGAUCAAGAAUGUUGAGGACAACUGCCGGCUGUUUCCCAACAAGGACCAGCAAAACUCAGAUACAGAUUCAUUUGGUGAUGCCUGUGACAACUGCCCCAACGUUCCCAACAAUGACCAGAAAGACACAGAUGGCAAUGGGGAAGGGGAUGCCUGUGACAACGACGUGGAUGGGGAUGGCAUCCCCAAUGGAUUGGACAAUUGCCCUAAAGUCCCCAACCCCCUACAGACAGACAGGGAUGAGGACGGGGUGGGAGAUGCUUGCGACAGCUGCCCUGAAAUGAGCAAUCCCACCCAGACAGAUGCAGACAGCGACCUGGUGGGGGAUGUCUGUGACACCAAUGAAGACAGUGAUGGCGAUGGACAUCAGGACACUAAGGACAAUUGCCCACAGCUGCCCAACAGCUCCCAGCUGGACUCAGACAAUGAUGGACUUGGAGAUGAGUGUGAUGGGGACGAUGACAAUGAUGGUGUCCCAGAUUACAUGCCUCCUGGUCCUGAUAACUGUCGCCUGGUACCUAAUCCCAAUCAGAAGGACUCAGAUGGCAAUGGCGUUGGUGAUGUGUGUGAGGAUGAUUUUGACAAUGAUGCAGUGGUUGACCCCCUGGACGUGUGCCCUGAAAGUGCAGAGGUAACCCUCACGGAUUUUCGGGCCUAUCAGACCGUCGUCCUGGAUCCUGAGGGUGAUGCUCAGAUUGACCCAAACUGGGUCGUGCUCAACCAGGGCAUGGAAAUCGUUCAGACCAUGAACAGUGACCCCGGCCUGGCAGUUGGAUAUACAGCUUUCAAUGGUGUGGACUUUGAAGGCACCUUCCAUGUGAACACAGUGACUGAUGAUGACUACGCAGGCUUUCUCUUCAGCUAUCAGGACAGCGGCCGCUUCUACGUGGUCAUGUGGAAGCAAACGGAGCAGACCUACUGGCAGGCCACACCUUUCCGGGCUGUUGCCCAGCCCGGGCUACAGCUCAAGGCAGUGACAUCAGUGUCUGGCCCAGGCGAGCACCUCAGGAAUGCCCUGUGGCAUACAGGUCACACCCCUGAUCAGGUACGGCUGCUGUGGACUGACCCACGAAAUGUAGGCUGGCGUGACAAGACUUCCUACCGCUGGCAGCUGCUGCACCGGCCUCAAGUUGGCUACAUUCGGGUGAAGCUUUAUGAGGGUUCCCAGCUAGUGGCCGAUUCUGGGGUGAUCAUUGACACAUCCAUGCGAGGGGGGCGUCUUGGUGUAUUCUGCUUCUCCCAAGAAAACAUCAUUUGGUCCAAUCUCCAGUAUCGAUGCAAUGACACAGUGCCCGAGGACUUUGAGCCAUUCCGGAGGCAGCUGCUCCAGGAAAGAGUGUGAAGAGGUGGCCACCGGCUUCAGAAUCCUGAUUUUAGACCCUCAGGCCUUGGGGUCCAUCCUGGAGACCCUGGGGUCUAAUUUACAGCCCCUCAGCCAAACACAGAACCUCCUCUGGCACCCAUCAGUUCAGCCCCAGAGGUGUGGUGACCCCACUGUUCAGGACAUGAGAAGUUUUUGAGGGGUAUUUCUCAGGCAUUAACGCCAGGAAAGACAACAGCACGUUGCCAUAAAGUUCUAAUUGUUUUCUAA